AGGGAUUUAGCGAGCAUGCCCAGUGCAGUCCUCUCAGAAACAGUGGAAACCACUGGUGCAGCAUUGGAGUCAUACCAAGCAUAGCCUGCGUGUCAGUGCAGUCGACUUACAGCUGGCUGUGAGGAGAACUGUAGCUACUCUUUUGUUUUUUUGUUUUGUUUUUUGCUCUCUAUCUUCUCUCUACACUCCUAUUCGAACAAAGUAUCGUGAACUGUUGAAACAACUACGACUGACCACUUUCCGCGUCGGCAAUUUUUUUUUUUUAAUAUAAACGAGGUUUCUAGAAAACAAAAGUUGGAGGCUGGGCCUUUAGCUUUUUUGACCGUCGCUCGAGAGGAGAAGAAAAAAAGCUGGUCUUUUUGUUUUUUUUUUAAUGAAAGCUCGAUAAAUGCUACUUACGAAGAUGGACCUGUUGAACUACCAGUACCUGGACAAAAUGAACAACAACAUCGGCAUUCUCUGCUAUGAGGGUGAAGCAGCUUUGAGAGGGGACCCCAGACUCCAGUCCCUGUCCCUAUCAUCAUCUUCCUCAUCUUCAUCAUCAUCUUCCUCCUCUUCCUCUUCCAUCUCCAGCCACAGGACAGGCCCUCCUCCAAUCAGCCCCACCAAGAGGAAGCUGAGCGGGGACCAAGGAGACAGUGACAUGGAUGACAACGAGCAUGUGGCAAAAAUGAGUCGACUGUUUGCUGCACAGCUGAAACCUAAUGGAGAAUAUCGCAACUCCCCCAUUACCAAGGACCGGAGCCGGAGCCCCAGUGAGCGUGUGAUGCUGCCCAGUGCUUUGGGAGUCCACAACAACCACCUGUACACCCACACCCACCACCUGGCUAACUUAGCCAGCAUGGACCAGCCUCUGGCACUUACCAAAAACAGCAUGGUGGAGACGGGACGCAGCAGCUCAGCAGCUUUGGCCACAGUGGCCCACACGGUCAGCGCAGUGGAACGCCAGCAGAAUCGGCCCUCGGUGAUCACCUGUGCCCCAGCCAACAAUCGCAACUGCAACCUGUCACGCUGUCCAGUCUCCCACAACGGAUGCUCCAACCUCACCAACAACUACAGGAGACUCAACACCAAUACAGCAUGCGAUCCUGUGAUCGAGGAACAUUUCCGCCGCAGCCUCGGGAAGAACUACAAGGAACCCGAGCCCACUGCCACCAACUCUGUGUCCAUCACAGGCUCAGUGGAUGACCACUUUGCCAAGGCGCUAGGCGAGACCUGGCUCCAGAUCAAAAACAAGGGGAGUCCCUCAUCAUCCGGCAGCAGCCCAAACUCCUCUCCCGACAGUCACAUGGUCAAUCACAACCACUCCCCUUCUGUGGUCUCCUGAAGGGGGAGGAGCACCCCUCCCUUUCCGUGUCUUCGCUCAGCCAAUCAUCCGGUCUCCAUGCCCUGCCACUUUGGUCUGUCACCAGCAUCCCAGAGGGAAUGCCUGCCUGCUGGUCUGCUAAAAACAGCCAAAACCCUGAAGCCUGCUCUCAUAGAGGAUCUCACAAGCAAUAAGACAUGGUCACCUUUCCCUCUGUCCUCCAGAAUGCUAAAACCAGACAGUAAUCGGUGGUGACUGGUGAGGAAUCUGUGUGAAAUGUGACUGGAGCUUUGGUUGACUCCCUCCAGUCAUUCAUCCCUGCAAGUUGAGCUUGGAGCUGAGCGAGUGUCUGUAGUUAUAUGUACAUAAACAGAGAGAGGAACCAUGGUAUUUUAACGUUGAACUUUCUUCUUUGUUUUUUUUGUUUGUUUGGUUGUUUGUUACUUUAACAGUAGUUUUGUGUACUGAUUCUGCAUCAUGCGACAUGUGGCGUUUGAAACGAAAAGAGAAGUGAGAACAAUCACGAACCACCUGACUGCUACCAAAGAAACCUCAGACACUGAUGUUUAUCAAUGCCCACCUCCAGAACACGAGACAACAAAAAGCCAUCUUGUGAACCCCCUCCAUCCGUCAUAUCUUCAUCUCACACCCUCCGUCUCUCUCCUGUGGAGCUGUUCUGGUUGUUUUGUUCAUGUGCGUGCGCCCUUAGAUCCACCGGUCUGUUUUGCACUACUGCUGAAGAGCGGAAAGCCCAGCGGGUCAGCUUUGUAAUCUGCCACUGGUCAAGCUGACUUUCCUCUCAGUCACUCAUUAGCUUUCCUAUUUGGACCUCUGUUUGAUCUCCCAUUAACUCCAGUCUAAAACUGGUCGUAUUCCCUGUAUUAUUUAUUGAAAGCAUUCCCAAAAAAACUGAAUAUGCACAUUGGUCAGUUUGGGCAGCAGACGCGUGCUUCUUUUUACACAUUUGCCUAGCAGCCAGAUAGAAAAUACCGACUGAAUUUGUCCAGCUAUUAAUUAAAACCACUUCACGUAAAUGUUAAGAGGGUGAGUAAUGGUCUGGAUAGGACUCAGCUCCAGAUCUGAGCUCUGCCCUCACCAUUAGCACUCACUCUGUCAGGAGCCAGGUGAAUAAAGGGUGAAUGAAUGCUACAUCUGUAUUGUAACUUGUAUGUCAGACCACCAUGAGAAGUGUCUGGCAGAGCGGGAUAUUUACAAAUAGAAGUUUAAUUUACGCGCCGCGCUUCAAAUUCAUAAAAGGGAAAAAUGUUCUUGGAGUAAAUGUGUUCUAGCCUGUCUAAGCAGUUUGGUGUAAAAAGAGCCUCUACUGCCCAGCCCUCCAUUCAAGCUCCACUUGAAGUUAAAUCCCAACUUUUAUUUUACUGAGCAGUGGGGAUCAAACCUAAAAGCAACACUUCCUCUAAAAAUGGCUGCCUGGGGUUCACAGGCAGGAUCAGCCAGUGUGGGAAGGGGUCGGGCUUUGCUGAACAAUGUGCUUUGAUGUGUUUCGCAGGUGUAUCUGCUGACAGGGAUGAGAGGAUAGACAACACUGCACGUGACUUUGUGGGUUUUUUUACAAAAAAAAAAAAUCCAGUUUCUCAGAUGAGAGGGAGAAAGUUUUCACACCUCUCUUUUUCUGACCCAAGUUCUAAUGCUAACCGGCUAACACCCUGCUAUCCUCCCGUCCCUUUCCUACACACUGUGGUUUGAGUGAUUUCCUCUAAGGUUAAAUUAUGCUUUUUCAGAUGCAUAUUUUUGUGUUGUUUUUUAAUAGCUGGUAUCUAUUAGUGUUUUUAGCAUUUCAAACGUUAACUACCAUUAGCCUUUUCAUUCAGACGUUAGUUGUUACUUGUUUUGUCGUC